CUCCAAGGAAAUGGCUACUCAACUUGCCUUCAUGCGCCUGCUAGCCAACUAUGCCUCUCAAAACAUCACCUACCACUGCAAGAACAGCAUUGCCUACAUGGAUGAGGAGACUGGCAACCUGAAAAAGGCUGUCAUUCUGCAGGGCUCCAAUGAUGUUGAACUUGUUGCCGAGGGCAACAGCAGAUUCACUUACACUGUUCUUGUAGAUGGCUGCUCUAAAAAGACAAAUGAAUGGGGAAAGACAAUCAUCGAAUACAGAACAAAUAAGCCAUCUCGCCUGCCCUUCCUUGAUAUUGCACCUUUGGACAUUGGUGGCAAUGACCAAGAAUUCCGUGUGGACCUUGGCCCCGUCUGUUUCAAAUAAAUGAACUCUACCUAAAUUAAAAAAAAAAAAGAAAUCUGAAAAUAAAUUUUGCUCUUUACCAUUUCUUCUUUUUUCUUUUUAACUGAAAGCUGAAUCCUUCCACUUCUGCACAACUACUUGUUUAAAUUGUGGGCAAAAGAGAAGGAGAAGGAUUGAUCAGAGCAUUGUGCAAUACAAUUUAAUUAACUUCCUCUCCCUCUCCCCCCUCCCCAAAAGAUUUGGAUUUUUUUUUCAACACUCUUACACCUGUUGUGGAAAAUGUCAACCUUUGUAAGAAAACCAAAAUAAAAAUUGAAAAAUAAAAUAAAAACCAUGAACACGUGCA